AUGGACGCAGCGCCGGACGCAAUCACGACCGUGCCCUGCCACCUCGCGGGUGUGACCCGAGCGUGCUACUCCCCAGAUGGCUCAACAAUCUACACUGGUGGUAUCGACUGCCUCGUGCGUAUCCAUAACACGGAGCUGCCCGACUCGGAACCCGGCUUUCACGACAACCACACGGAGGCUGUCACGUCGCUCAGUGCAAGCCGUGACUGGCUCGUCUCUGCGUCGCUCGACAACAUUGCGCGUCUCUUCACGUGCCCCGACGACGACUUUGAGGGAUAUGUGACGCGUUCGCCCGGUGUGCCCAUUCGUUGGGUUCAGAUCGACAAGCAGGGCGAGAGGGUAGCUGUGUGCAGCGACGACUUUCUCGUCAAGAUCGUCCACGCCAAGGACACUUCCCGCGUCAGUCUCCUCUCAGAUAACACCAAAGCCGUCCGUUCGGCAGCUUGGGACCCUUCGGGCAAGUACCUCGUCACCGCUGGAUGUGAUGGCAAGAUCAAGAUUUACGACACGUCCGGCAGCACGCCCGUGUGCGUCAAGAUCAUGGAGGGCGUGAUUGCACCGAGCGAGGCAGACGCAGAGACUUCAGUGUACGCUGCCUGGCACCCCAACGGCAGGUACUUUGCCGCCCCAUUGCGCACCAACGACAUUGGCCUCAUCAGCACUGAUGGCUGGACCAAGUCGAUAAGCUUUGCCGACGGACACGUCGCACCCGUUAGCGAGCUGGCGUGGUCUGCAAACGGCAAAUACCUUGCCUCGUCUGCCGGGCGUCAGAUCCUCGUAUGGAACACCGAGUCUCGCUCUGUGGUCGCCAAGCACACCGUCAGUGACAACGUCACUGGCCUUGUGUGGUCCCCAACUGCAAACAUGCUCGCAUUUACGGCGAUGGACGGCGCAUUCCACCGCUGGGCCGCGCCUGUGCCUGCUGACAUGCCCUCUCCUGUCCUUUCCGAAGCCGCGCAGGCCAAGAAGGUCGACCGCCUGCUGGACGACGGCCUCUUUGGUGACGACGACGAGGACAUGGAGGAGAAUGGCGAGGAGCUCGGAGAUGGCGAAGAGUUUGGCGACGACUGGAUCGUUGAUGACGUUGAUGGCGGGUACGCCGGUGCCGACGAUGACGAGGACAAGUGGACCAAGGGCCGUACCGAGGUCGUCAACGUGACCAAGGCGCAAGAAUCGUUCGUUCCAGGAUCGACCGCGUGGCGCAGUAAGAAGCGCUACCUCGCUUUCAACAUGAUCGGUGUCGUCGACGCGACGGACCAGGAGACGCACAACGUGGUCAAUGUCGAGUUCCACGACAAGUCUGCGCGCCGUGGAUACCACUUUGCCGACCAGAGCAAGUACACCAUGGCGUCGCUUGGCGAACAGGGUAUCGUCUAUGCCGCGCCGAGUGAGGGUACGAGUGCAUCCGUGGUUCACUACCGCCCGUACGACUCGUGGGCGUCGGCUGCCGACUGGAGUGUCUCCCUUCUUCCCGGCGAGAACGCGCUCGCUGUCGCUGCUGGAGGCUCCGCAGAUGGUAUGGGUGCUGUUGUCGCCGCUACUUCUAGCGGAUACGUUCGCUUCUUCACGGCCUCGGGUAUUCAGCGCUACAUGUGGCGCCUUGGAGAGGAGGUCAUCACCAUGGCUGCUGGUCGCGAUGACUUGCUAGUCGUCCACCGCGAGGGUGGUACGACGCUCGAUGGCUGCCAGAACCUGCGCUACACCCUGAUGGACUUGGAUACAUUCGACAUUUUGCAAGAGGGCCGCGUGCCACUCCCACGCAAGGUCUCCCUCAGCUGGGUCGGCUUUGGUGCCGACGGUGCUCCCGCAAUGUACGACUCGGCCGGUCUUUUGAGCGUCCUGGACAGGUACCGUCGUCCGGGCCAAGCACGAUGGGUUCCCCUCCUCGACACCACCUCGCUCGCCAAGCCCGGUCGUCGCGAGACAUAUUGGCCUGUUGGUAUCAGCGAGGCCAACCUAUCCUGUGUCAUCCUCAAGGGAAACGAGACCGAGCCGUGGUUCCCCCGUCCGCUUGUCCAAGAGCUCGAGCUUCGCAUGCCUCUUCUCGGUGUCGAGAACGCUGCUGGCGCACUGGAGGAGAGUGUCGCACGCUCCCGCGUCGUGGCGUCGCCCACGAACCUCGAGGCGGGCGUUGCUACCGACCGCCAGCUUCUCCAGCUCGUCCAGAGCGCAUGCAAGGCCGACCAGCUCGCUCGUGCGCUCGACCUGGCGCGCAUGAUGAGCAGCACAUCCACUCUCGAUGCCGCGCUCAAGCUGGCCAGCUUCUACCACCUCCCCGGACUGCAAGAGAAGAUUGCAGACGUCAAGGCCGCAAAGUCCAACCCAUCUGCCUCCAGCCGCAGGGUGUUCCAUCGCGAGCGCGAGGUGUCACCUAGGAAGGAUUACGCUGAGCGGUCGGACAGGAAAUCGGAUGCCGCGCGCCAGUUUGCAGACUUUGCUCCUGGUGGAAGGAGGAGGACGUUUGGUGGUCGCUCAGCGCACGCGCCAAACACCCCUCUCGACAGUCCUGGCCCUGGUUCGCGCGAAGUUGUGCCAGAAACCCCAGGUGCCGACGACGACAUGGACACCUACGCAAAUGACACGUUUGACGGUGCGCCCGACUCUUUCUCCGCUUCGACUGCCGCCCUCCCCACAUUGCCCUCGUUGCCGACUACCAAGCGCCGCCGCGACGACGAUGACGACGACCACACAAAUUUCCCACCUCCCCCGCCAGCCUUCGCUCCGCGCUCGGAGAACACGGCGCCCAAGAACCCCUUCGCCAAGAAGACUGCGGGCGGAAGUAACAACCCAUUCUCCAAGCCGACGCAGGCGACUGCCAAGCCGCUGGACUCUGUCAAGAGCACGAGUUUCUUUGACCGCGUUGAUGUCAUUGAGGCCAACAAGUCCAAGCGCAAGGGCACAGUCGCCAAACCUGCAGCCAAGGGCAAGCAAAUGACUCUCAACGCCAUGCGCCGCCCUGCCCCAGUCACGCGCGACAGCAUGACCGAGACGGAAACCGACGGCGGCGACACCGCGAUCGACGAGGAAGAAGAGACGCCUGUUGAGAGUGACGUCCCACACGGCGUGCUGGAGGAGACGCAGGUGCAGGAGACGUUCGUCGAUGAGGAUAUGUAG